AUGGCUGUCGCCAGCACCGCAGACGGCAAAGCCGUGGCCCAGCCCCAGAUGGCCAUCAUCGAUCUCCAUCCCGAUGAGCUCUCCUCCAGGACCAUGGGGUCUCACAACCUCCAAGCAGCCGUAGAGGCUCUUCAUCGCGACGGCAUUGUGGCCAUCAGCAACGCUAUUCCCGUCCCCCAGCUAGACCACCUGAAUGAUCGCAUGACCCGCGAGGCCAAGGAGCUCUACGCCCGCCCGGGAACGCACCGCAACUUUGGCAAGGACACGGGCAACAUCCAGCAGGAGCCUGUACUGAAGGAGGGCUACAUCACGCAGGAUAUCCUGGCCAACCCGUUCGCCACGCAGGCGGUGCAGUGCAUGCUGGGUCCGAAGCCGCGCCUGCGCUUCUACAGCGCCAACACGGCCUUCAAGGCUGACUCCAGGCAGCCGCCGCACAUCGACAUCGAUUUUGACUUCCCCAAGGUGCCGUUCGGCUACUGCAUCAAUGUCAGCCUCGUGGACACGUCGCCCGAGAAUGGCGCCACAGAGGUCUGGCUGGGGACCCACGUCGACACCGACAACAGGGUCCUGGACACGACCAAGACGCACAAGGAGAUCAAGGUUGAUCUCCGCGAGGAGCGCCGCAAGGUCUGCCCGCCUCUUCAGCCGUCCCUGCCUAAGGGGUCCCUCAUCAUUCGCGACUUCAGGCUGUGGCAUGCUGGCAUGCCUAACACUACUGAUGAGCCGCGUGUCAUGCUCGUCUCGGUUCAAUUUCCGAGCUGGUACAGGAGUAACCUCCGCAUGAAGCUUCCUGAGAGUAUCAAGGAGAAGAUGGAAUGGGGUGAUGUCGUUCCCUGUGUGGACUGGAUGGAGGAUGGAUACGAUUAUCUCCAAGGUGCCCACGACCAUGACUUUACGCUUCUCCCCUAG